CUAAUGUUUUUGUCACUUUUUAUGGAAUCAAACUCAAAAUAAGUGAGCUGCUGUCGACCUUCCCCUCGGAGCCCACCUCUCUGGUUGUGAGCCAGGAUGACCAGAUGAUGGUGGUUGGCACCGGAGAGGGAACUCUGCAUUUCAUCCACACGCAGACUGGACAGGAGGUGAAGUCUCUGAUAAGCAGCUGUGACGGCAUCUCGAGCUGUGUCUUCCUGAAGGACGGACGUCUUGCUACCACCUCAUUUGAUGGGCGAAUAGAAGUGUGGGACAUUGAAAAUGGAUGCAGGACUGCUCUUAUUGAUGGCCACACUAAUACAAUAACAGGAAGUGAUGUCACUGCAGACAAGAAGCACCUUGCCACGGUUUCCCUCGACUGCAUGAUUAAAGUGUGGUCUUCUGAUAAAGGUACUGAAGUGUCCUCCGUGCUCAGCAGAAGCCCUAUGAACUGUGUGACCUUUGACCCUAAGGGUCACCUUCUGGCUGCUGGCUGUUGGAAUGGAAAUGUGAUCAUGUGGAACUGGCUCAAGAAUAAAAAACUAACACUCAACCUCUGGUCUGGAGGACUUGGACGUUCUGUCACUGCAUUCAAAUGCGAUGAUUGGAUGCAGGAACCUCCUCUGAAAAAGCUAAAGGCUGUAACGUCUCAGCCUGCUGCUCUGUGUGUGGCUGUGAAUGGAGACUAUGUUGCUGUGGGAUACCACGCUGAUGGCAUCAAACUUUUCAGCCUCAGAUCAGGUGAGAAGCUUUGGGCCUCCGUGGACCUGGACUUGUCUGUACCGUGCAUGCUGUGGGUCAUUUUAGAAGCAGAGCAGACCGACACCGAUCUGCUGGUGUCUGGAGGAAGUGACAAAUGUCUGCGGCUGUGGAAGAGAAAACAAGAAGAGGAGGGAAUGAUGGAAGUCCUGGAAAUGGUGGGAAUGUUUGGUGUGCAAUCGGGCACCAUCCAGGCACUCGCACAAAAGGGCCUUCAGGCUGGGCAGUGUCUGAGGGAAAUCUCCUGGACAAGUCCACUUACCUCUGUCUGCUGUCUGGGACAGUAUGUGAUAGCCAGCUGUGCAGAGGGGGCACUGCAUGUCUGGAAGUGGGAAACAAACACUGAAAUCUGCCAUGUUUCUGCUCACGUGACACGCAUACACCACUGCUCUCUCCUCCCAAAUACAGAUGAGGGGAAAAAAGUGAAGUCAGAAGAAAUGUCAGUUUUCACAGCGUCUGAUGAUGGCACAGUGGAAACCCUUACAGCAAGUCCUCCAAACUGGAAAGGCUCGGCCACAGCUCUGUGCUUCUGUCAGAAUGAUGACGUGCUCCUCGCCGGGUAUGAAUCUGGUUUGCUCGAGUUGUGGCAAAACAACUCAGUGGUUGGCCACAAGCAGGUAUUGCACGACCCCAUUACAGCAGUCUGUUCCAUGCCUGAUAAUCAGAUCGCUGUGGCGAGUGUGAAACUUACCACUGUUUGGAAGCUGGUGUGGAAUAAACAACAUGACACAGCAAGCUUGGUGAAGGUAGCCACCUACAAAGACAGUGAACCAGUGGUGCACCUCUUCUACUGCACUGCUUUAUUUGGGGUGAAGUAUUUGAUGUGGCACCCAAGAACAGUGAGGGCAACUGGCACAAUAAAGUCAACAAGUAAUGUAUUUUCCAUGUUUUUUAAAAAAAAAUCAGCCAUUCAGCAUAAUAAUCCUCUCAUACUGGACUACAUUCUAACACAAGCUGUUUUAGCUUCUUUCCUCCAACUUGAACCGUAUAAAAAACAAUCCCGUCUUUGAAAUGUUGUCCAUGCUUAAAAUAGGCACCCACCAUUGUCGCAGUCUAUAUACGUGACAGAAAAUAAAGUAGAUAAAAUAGAAUAUUUUAAUGAAGACUGCAUGUUUAAUCAGUUUUAUGGAGUUUUAGUUUCAUCCUUGAAGUAUCUUCAAUAAAAAAACAAACAAAGCUCAAACUAAAUCAUAGCUCUGAUGUGCUGCACAGUUAUAUGACAGAAAAUGAAACUGUAGCAGACCUUGGAUCAAAAUGCUUAUUUUUGAUAUUUGCAUGACCAAAAUCCAGUUCAGCUCAACAGCUCUGUGACGCGUUCCUUGUUGCUUGUUUUUGGCAACUCUAAAUGUGGGUUGUCUCUUGUUAUCAGUUGGCUCUAUGAAGUUGAAUUUCACUGCGUGAUCCACAAUGAUAAGAAAAGCGUGUGGCUGGUGGGUGAAUCAAAGGGAGAGAUUUACAGCGGCUUCCUUUGAUGUGAACUCACCUGAAAAAGGGGCGUGGCCAUUUUGAGGGUUACCUGCCUCUGGGAGCUACUCUGAGUCAUCAGUUUCAUAUGUGUUCACAUCAUGCUCACAGUGACAGGGUCAGUGUGCUGAGACUCACUGACAGCACCAUCAUCUCAGCCUCCUACGACCGGACAGUGAAGCUGUGGGACAGAGACAC